CGAAGCAAAAAAUAAUGUCCGGCGGCAAGGAUUAAUGAUGAUUUUGGUCUCUGUCUCCUUCGGAUCAUUCUCACAGAAUAUGCCCUUUUGCCUCGUCAAACUCUUCCGUUAAACCAUUCUCUUCUUUCUUCUUCAUUUGAAUUUGCUUCUCUCUGGUUUUUAAAGGUUUGAUUCCACCGAAAUAUGAUUGAUCGAUCCGUAUGAUCAAAACCAAGUUUCCCCUAAUCUGGGUUUUCAAGAUCGUUCCUGAUCUUUCGACAAAUCGUUUGACUUUUUCCGAAUCUGGUUUUUUUUCUCUUCAUAGAAAAUGAACGCCGUCGUUAGAAUCGGGAGCUACAUCUACCGAGGCGUAGGAACGGUUUCGGGUCCGUUCCAUCCAUUCGGUGGGGCGAUCGACAUUAUCGUCGUCGAGCAACCAGACGGGACGUUCAAGUCGUCUCCUUGGUACGUCCGGUUCGGGAAAUUUCAAGGGGUUUUGAAGAACAGACAGAAUCUGAUCAAGAUCGAUGUCAAUGGUGUUGAUUCGGGUUUCAACAUGUACUUGGCUCAUACAGGGCAAGCUUAUUUCCUCAGGGAAGUUGAAGAUGUGAUUGGGGAGUCAGAGAGUGGUGAAGUUUACACUUUGUCUUCUGGUGAUGAAGCUGAAAAGAGUUGUGUUGAUGAUGUUGAUAAGAUUAAGAUACCGUUGAAGUCUAGGAGCUGUAACUAUGAUUCCGCUAGCCCUCGUGGUGGUAAUGGGAAGAUUGUAGGUAAGCCUGGGAUUCUAGGGUUUGUGUUUGGAGGUAGAUCGGUUAGGGAGAGUAGCAGGCCUGAUGAAGUUACCUCCAUGGAGAGAGCUGAGAUUGCUGCUGAUCUGUUGGAUGUUAAGUGGUCUACUAAUAUCGAUACGCGUAAGCCCAUCAAAGCUUCGGUGUCUUUGGACGGUGAGACUAGUGGCAGAGAGAGUUUUGUUGUGGAUGGAAUAAAGAAGGGAGGCUCGGAGAGGUUAGUAGAUAGCGAUUCUAUAUUGGAAACUCCUCUUGUUGCGUCUCCUACAUUGCGAUAUCUCGACGAAAAAGAGCAGGAUUUACGCGAAAAAAGCAACAAUGUGGAAGAGUAUUGUGAAGAGAAUGCACUUCUUGUUGAAAAUGGUUCAUGUGAAGCGUCGAGUACUAGUGAAGGGAGCGGAAAAUUAGACGUCUGUGGCGAAUCUGUGACUGUAGAGACAACAAACGAGCCACUAGCACAGGAUUCUUUUACGGGAUGCGAGUUGGAUUCUAAGCAAGAGUUAAGUGCUCCCGAAUCUGUGGGAAAUGUAAUAUUGGAUUUGGGGAGCAUUAGUGUUUCACAAGAAGGAAGCAGCACUGGCUCUCCAGUUCAAGAUGAAAAUAAAAUCAACAUGGAAGAUAUGCAUUUCUCAGAAGAGGGUUUUGAAAAGUCUCAGUCAACAGGUGGAGCAAGAAUCUUGCAACCAGAGAUUGAAGAAGAACAAUUUUCCUUUAGCGAUCUUGACGAAUGUAAACCUGGUGGGAGUAGUUCUGGAGAAGGGUCAAGUUUUCCUGAUACAGUAAAAGUUGAUGGGAUAGAGAUUUGUGAUGAAAAUGGAAUUAGUCAUGUAAACGGUGUGGAAAACUCUAGGGCCUUCUCAGUGGCGAUUGAUAUAGAGAGAAAAAAGGAAAUCUCUGGAGAAGAGAUGGAGCGGUUGGUAGAAUCAUUACCGAUUAUGCGGCUUCACAACAACGGCGAUAUGGAUGCGAGUACUUGUCAGUCUUUGAGCCAGUCAUUUGACCCAUGUUCCAAUGCUUUAAAGUGGGAUUUGAGAGAAGAUGAGUCGAGCUCAGGGGGUUUAGAUGCUGAAAAAGUUUCUGAGGGUAGCCCACACUUAAAGGCAUUCAAACAUGUACUCGCUAAUCCUGAAGUGGUCGAGCUCUCUCUCUGCAAGCACUUAUUACGUGAACGAAUGGGAGCAGAAGCGGCUUCUCAGGCCUUCAACUCCGAAAAACUGGAUAUGGAAAUGUUUGCUUCUUUGGGCCCAUCAAUCUUGGAGAAUGAUAAGCUUAUAGUGAAGAUUGGUGGCUGCUAUUUUCCAUGGGACGCAGCAGCUCCUAUUAUCUUAGGAGUAGUUUCAUUUGGGACUGCCGAAGUAUUUGAGCCCAAGGGAAUGAUAGCUGUUGACCGGAAUGAGAAACCUGGUGAUGUAUUACCCCCGGCUGGUGGAAGCUGGAAGCUUUGGCCUCUCUCUCUCAGACGAUCAAGGAACGAUAGCGAAGCUUCUUCUAAGGACGUUGCUGAACCUGAGGAGAAGCAAGAGAAGUCGACGAGACCAGUGAAAAAGACGGUCAGGGCACUAACUCCAACUUCUGAACAAUUGGCUUCGCUAAAACUGAAAGAAGGAAUGAAUUCCGUGACUUUUACGUUCUCCACCAAUAUUGUGGGUACACAACAGGUAGACGCAAGGAUAUACUUAUGGAAAUGGAAUGCUCGCAUAGUUGUUUCAGAUGUAGAUGGUACUAUCACAAGAUCGGAUGUCUUAGGCCAGUUUAUGCCUUUGGUUGGAGUAGAUUGGUCGCAAACAGGUGUUACACAUUUGUUUUCGGCUGUUAAGGAAAACGGAUAUCAGUUGAUCUUUUUAAGUGCACGCGCGAUUUCUCAGGCUUCAGUGACUAGACAGUUUCUAGUUAAUCUCAAGCAGGACGGGAAAGCAUUGCCGGAUGGGCCUGUGGUUAUUUCUCCUGAUGGCCUCUUUCCUUCGCUGUUUCGAGAAGUGAUUAGAAGAGCACCUCAUGAAUUCAAGAUUUCUUGCUUGGAGGAAAUACGAGCAUUGUUUCCUCCCGAACACAACCCAUUCUAUGCUGGUUUUGGAAACAGAGACACGGAUGAGAUAAGCUACCUUAAAGUUGGAAUCCCUCGGGGAAAGAUCUUCACUAUUAACCCAAAGGGAGAAGUAGCUGUGAAUCGCAGCGUGGAUACAAGAUCAUACACCAAUCUUCAUGCUCUUGUCAAUGGAAUGUUCCCAGCUACAACAACCACUUCAGAAAGGGAGGACUUUAACUCAUGGAAUUUCUGGAAACUGCCUCCUCCCCCGGUUAUGUGAUGAUGAAUUGAUGAUGAUGAUGAAAUCAUGAUGAUAAUGUGAUUUGUGUCAAGAAAAUGCCGGUUAGAUGAAUAGAGAUAACAUAUGGUGGCUCAGUGUAGGGUAUAGCAUUCUUAACCGAAGUCCGCCGUAAAAAA